AGCAACAAGCUGCCACGCCAUCGGCUAGUGCAGCUCCAGCGAUGCCCCUGCAGGUUAGCGAUUACAGCUGGCAGCAGACGAAGACUGCGGUCUUCCUUUCUUUGCCCCUCAAAGGGGUAUGCGUCAGAGACGCGGACGUGUUCUGCACGGAAAACUAUCUGAAGGUCAACUUUCCUCCAUUUUUAUUUGAGGCAUUUCUCUACGCUCCCAUAGACGAUGCAAGCAGCAAAGCAAAGAUUGGGAAUGACACUGUUGUCUUCACCUUGUAUAAAAAAGAAGCAGCCAUGUGGGAGACUCUUUCUUUGACAGGUGUUGACAAAGAGAUGCUGCAAAAAAUAAGAGAGAAAUCUAUUUUACAAGCACAAGAGAGAGCAAAAGAAGCCAUAGAAGCAAAAGCUACAGCAAAGCGGGAAGAUCAAAAAUAUGCACUAGAUGCCAUGAUGAAGAUUGAAGAAGAAGAGAGGAAAAAAAUAGAAGAUAUGAAAGAAAAUGAACGGAUAAAAGCCACUAAAGAAUUGGAAGCUUGGAAAGAAUGUCAAAGAAAAGCUGAAGAACAAAAAAGAAUUCAGAGAGAGGAGAAAUUACGUCAAAAAGAAAAGCAAAUUGAAGAAGAAAGAAAAAAUUUAAAACAUAAAAGUCUUCCUAGAAAUUCAUCUAGGUAUCUUGCCACAAAAGGGAGAAAUUUAGAAAAUAUAUUUUCUGAGAAGUUAAAGGAAGAUAGUAUUCCUGCUCCUCGCUCUGUUGGCAGUAUUAAAAUCAACUUUACCCCUCGAGUAUUCCCAACUGCUCUCCGUGAAUCACAAGUAGCAGAAGAGGAAGAGUGGCUACACAAACAAGCUGAGGCACGAAGAGCAAUGAAUACUGAUAUUCCUGAACUUUGUGAUUUAAAGGAAGAAGAAAAGAACCCAGAAUGGUUAAAGGACAAAGGAAACAAGUUGUUUGCAACAGAAAACUAUUUGGCAGCUAUUAAUGCAUACAACUUAGCCAUAAGACUAAAUAAUAAGAUUCCACUAUUGUAUUUGAAUCGGGCCGCUUGCCACCUAAAACUAAAAAACUUACACAAGGCUAUCGAAGAUUCUUCUAAGGCCUACAGGAUUAUGAAGCUGCACUUAAGAUUGAUCCAUCCAACAAAGUUAUACAAAAUGAUGCUGAGGAGAUUCGGAAUGUAAUUCAAGGAACAGAACUAAAACCUUAGAGACUACUAGAAGCAACUAGGUAUUGUAUUAGGUAUUGUUUUAAGUUUUUCAAAAAUAACUGGAGGCAUCAGGAAUCUUUGUCUAUGUUAUAGUCAAUUGUGCAGAAUCAGUUUCUUUUUAUUACUUGAGUUCUGCAGAGGGCAAAAUACAGAUCUAUAGAAAAUGAAAUGUUUGACUCUAUUUCUGAAUGACUAAAUCAAAAUAAGAAUACUCUAUUUUAAUUCUAUACUUCUUAAUGCAUAAUUUAAUUAUACAUUUUUUUUUGUUACUGAAUUAUGCUUGCCCUUGUAACAAAAUAUUUGUUGGUCUAGUUACCAGGAAGCUUACUGAUUAAUUUUUAACAAGCUAGAAUUUUAAAAUAAAAGAUU